UGAGGCGUGAUCUCUCUCCAAACUUUGCCUGUUCUCUCCCAAGUCACACCUUCAUUGACCGGAAAUUGCGUCAAAAUCUUAAUUACUCGUUGAAGCUAAACUUUCACUUUCGUGGCGUCCUCAUCCAAAGCAUUGAAUGAUGAAUGCGGAAAUGGUGUACGUACUGAUAGUUCUUGGAGUUGAUUUGUUACUGUUGAGAACAGAUGGUCAGAGGCUAUGUUCGUGUUAUACCUUCAGCAAAAACCAAUGGGUAUGGAAAAAAGCAAGGGACAACUGUAAAAGCAACAAUAAAAUACUCGCAGUGUUGGAAUCAGAGCAGGAAUGGCAAUUUAUUACAAAUGAGAUUCAAAAUAAAACAGGUACCUUAAAUGGGGAAUGGUUUAUUGGUUUGAAACAAAAUUUAACAACGCAGAGAUGGAAUUGGAUCAAUGGUAAACCUUUGACCAUUGACAAAUGGCAUAAUAGAGGCUUAAAUCCUGACCCAAAGGACUCUUACGGGGUGAUUCAUGAAGAAUAUCCAUCUGUAUUCAAAGGAUCACUCGGCACCGUUAGGAGCGACCAACCAAGAGGAUGGAUUUGCGAGGAAGAAACAGCUACCUGUAAAGGAACUUGUUUCGACCAUCCUGUUCCAACCAGCACAAGUUUUCGUGGAACAUCAACUCGGACAAAAGCUGUCACCACACAAGGCAAGACGUCAACUCAACAGGAUAUCACUGCUGUAUCACUGUUGCUGACGGACAAGGGCUCCUCGACUUCCACCUUACCAGUUGUUACAAAUGUCAGUGACCUAAAUUGCAAGAGUGACAACGACUACUUCACCCUUUAUCUGACAAUCGCUACUUUAGCAGGAAUGUUGUUUAUAGUAUCGAUAAUCCUUUUUGGGGUUUUGAGACUGCAACGCAAGAAACAACAACAAACAGAUUCAAGAAAUAAAGCUUUUAUAGGGAAUCAACAUGACUUCGAAGAAAGUUUUCCGUUGAAUGCUUUGAAUGUAGGUGCACAGCAUGGCUUGGCGGGAAAUGAGAGAAACCAAAAUGAACCGUUUGUCCAACGGGAGGAUGUCUAUACCGAGCUGUGUUCAGAGACAAGGAUGACCUCUGAAGACGAUGGUUCCCGAACGUACACUUCCCUUGUGAAAUCAACAGAAGAAGACAGCGACAUUGAAUAUGAGAAUCAAAUAUCUGCUCCUGAGUAUGUUAACGCUUAACUGGAUUGUUCAUAAGACGGUUAGCCGACUAAUCCUAAAAGGCUGAAGUAAACAAAAUAUUGCUAGUGUGUGUCUUCGCAAAGCCAUAGACGAACAAGACAACAAUUUCCGUCAACAAUGGCUUAGUUUAAUAGUGGUUUGGGUAAUCCCGUCCUUGAAUUAUGUUCUAUAUAAACGAAAUGUAAAUUAUGCAUUUUGCUCCUCAGUGCGCGCUAUCGCUUGAUCACAAUUUGUUGCAGUCUCGCCAUUAGAAUAAUAAUAAUAAUAAUAGUGAUGAUACUAAUAAUAGUAGUAAUAAUAACGACAGUAAUAGUAGUUAAUUUAAGAAAAACAACCCAAAAACAUUUCUUUCAAGGAAACGUUUAGUUUGUUUAUAGUAAUUUUAAAACGCUUUAGAUAAGUCUGGUGCGAUGGGUGAGGGAGCUCGCCUCAUAGCGCAAAACUCAAAACGUCAACAGCUCGAUACACUUUGACCACGAGUCAGUCCUUUUUCUUCUCCGUUUUAAAGAUUCCCGCUUUUAAAGAUUCCCGCUCUUAAAGAUUCCACGUUUUCAAGAUUUCCCAUUCCCCAUUCCUCCAUUCCCCGUUCCCUGUUUUAAAGAUAUCCGUCUGAUAACAUUCUUCGAAUCUAUUCAAAGUUAAGUCCUUACAAUGGAAAUAAAUUUUACUAAUAAAAGUUCUGUAUCUGACCUCUAUUUCGCUGAAAAAUCGCCGGAAAAUUUUAAAACUGCUUCCUACUGGCUUGCAAACCUUAGAAACCAUUCACGUGUUUCUCAACAUCUCACGGGUUUUAAUUAGACUGCUAAACCGAUAAUUUUUCUUUCCAUUUUAUUAAUUUCUAAAUUAAAGAAAGUGAAUCUUUAAAAUAAAUGCGUUAUUUCAAUCAGGAGGCAGUUAAGUUAUUUGUUGCAUAUAUGUGUUCUGAAAUAACAUGAAGCAUGCCUGUUGUUAUGAAGUACCUACACUAAACGUCGCUCCCUUAAAGGAGCACUCUUAUGAAACAUCCCUGUAAUUUGGAAACCCGAAAAAUCCAAAUGUUUUUACAUAAAAACUUGAAAUGUUCACUAGUUAAUUGUCUAAGGAUUUUUUUUUCCGAAUUGUUACACAGAAAGAUCGUCAAAUUCGCGAUAUUCUUUUGACCCGCCAUUAGCUUACAUAAUCAAUAAAAUGACGCUAACAGUGGUUUGAGUUAUCUACUUCACAACGGGAGUGACCGCAGACCGAAAAUAAGUUGGCCGCGAUUUCGAAAGUUGGUGGAACGGUUUUCAAAUCGUAAUUUCUCGCCCUAGAAUUGACUUUUUACUAAAACUAUUAUUGAAAAGGUUUUAUUAAAGUGCUACUGAAGCGAAAAUCAAUCCACUGUAAAAAACGAUUAAUUAUUACUUCGAUUCCUAUUUAAUCAGA